CCCCUCCGCCGUUUCCGGAUAGGAACCCUUUGUAAAUCCUUUCCAAGUUGAAGCGUGGGACCAAUUUCGUCAACACAAUCCGGAAUGGUCAAGAUGGCGGCAGCUGUAAGAUGCCUCGGUAGAGUCUUGAUACAUCAUCAAAGGUAUAGUCUUUCCAAGAUGGCUUCUCAGACGUCUCUUUAUCCUUGUUCUGUAUAUGUUCCGGUGCCCAACAGACAUUUUGCUGUUGCUACAAGGCCUGCAAAGAAAAAAAAAGGUGCCAAAGAAAAAGCAUCGGAUGAGAAAAAAGAUGAGAUAGAAAAAAUAAAGUCAUAUCCCUUUAUGGAAGGUGAACCUGAAGAUGAUGUCUACCUAAAACGCUUGUAUCCAAGGCAGAUAUAUGAGGUGGAGAAAGCUAUUCACUUACUUAAGAAAUUUCAAGUCCUGGACUUUACUAAUCCAAAGCAAGGUGUCUAUCUUGAUUUGACACUGGAUAUGACACUGGGGAAGAAGAAAAAAGUGGAUCCGUUUGCCAGUGUUCUUAGUUUGCCAUACCCAUUUGUUUCAGAGACCAGUAAAGUUGCUGUAUUUACAGGGAAUGCAUCAGAGAUAAAAAUAGCAGAAGAAAAUGGAGCUGCAUUUGCAGGAGGAACUAAUCUGAUUCAGAAGAUUUUGGAUGAUGAAAUUCAACCAGACUUUUAUGUAGCUGUUCCAGAAAUAAUGCCGGAGCUUAGUCCAUUAAGGAAGAAACUGAAAAAAAGAUUUCCUAAGCUUACUCGAAAUUCCAUUGGCCGAGACAUCCCCAAAAUGCUUGAAUUAUUUAAAACUGGACAUGAAAUUAAGGUAGAUGAAGAAAGGGAGAACUUUCUGGAGACCAAAAUAGGAACACUGGAUAUGUCAAGUGACCAGAUAGCUGCCAAUCUGCAAGCAGUUAUCAGUGAAGUUUGUAGGCAAAGACCGCUGAAUUUGGGACCCUUUGUGGUACGUGCUUUCCUUCGAAGUUCAACAAGUGAAGGUUUGUUACUAAAGAUCGAGUCAUUAUUGCCUAAAGAAGUAGAACCCAAGGAAAGUGACAAAAAUGCUGCCUAAAUGUGUUUCAUUGAGAAAUUAUUUUCAGUGGAUCAAGAAACAACAGAGAAAAUUAAAAACUGUUUAAUUUCUAAGUUUGGUGUCUUGUUAUUUCUUGAUCAUCAUACUUGAAAGUAAUUUUUAACCCUGGAAAAUCUUAUA